AUGACCAUUUCCCAGGGGCCAGCAAUCGUGGCAGAGACCCAAGACUCGAACACACGCCAAGUGUAUGCCAAAGCAUCCAUCAUCAUGUCCGAGUCUGAGGUUGUUGCCACGCCAACGCCCUCGCCAGGGCCUGAUCGAUAUCUUGUAGUGUCGCCCUAUACAGAGCAGCAACAUCUGCUUGACCUCGAUACCCUCGACACCGAAAACCAACUUUUCGCGCUCGCCCUGACACAAAUAAGGUGCCUGCGGGAUGACUAUGCCACAGCGCCAUACCUUGACACAUUCAACUGGUCCGACAUCAUCGAUACUCUCCGGGCACUUGCCAACCAGAGACAACAUGCAUGGAGGAAAACUUCCUUCUACAUUGUUGCCUUUCGGUCCCGUAUCCCUCCCACGACAAUCUAUGCAGAGCUAGGAACCCUCGACAAAGCAGCCCACGUGGAAGCCACGUCGAGUGGUGGGUUCCUCAAGUACUGGUUUGGCACUCCUGAUAUUGAGGGUCGCAAUCUGGCAACGUGUGUGUGGAGGUCUCACGAAGACGCAAGAAAAGGAGGGGUUGGCCCUGCUCACCGAAAGGCUGCCGGUGCCGCACGGCAUUUGUAUUCAUUUUGGAAGAUCGACCGGCAUCGACUGACCAUAGACGAAGACGUGAACGGGUGGUCGAUUAGCGACGUGGGAUGGGUUGGUGUUUUGUCAAAUCACCGGCCAGUGCUCGAAUUUCGUGACCAUCUGCGAAUCCCUCCCCUAAACAACGACACCUCCAGAACCCUCAGCUUCCCAUUCAGGGAGAUAGAUGGAUGUAUAGGUAGCCAGGUCAAACUUGGAACUUUCUUGCUAGUUGUGCUGGCUUCGUCGAACUUAUCUUUAUGUUUCGCUCCUUCUUGUGUUAGUAUACGCGGCUACGAGCAGUGCUCUUCUGGUGCUCCACAAAUUGGCAGUGGGCUGUUAACGAUGUGGAUGGGUGGGACGGGCUACAAUGACCCACACUGUGUCCGCAACCUCUUGGCAUCUUGCGGUGGAGAAAUCAGGCUGCAAGCGUCCCCAGGCUUCGCAUGCGCCACAUAUAGCGGGACAUAA